AUGCAUCCUAUACAAAAGUAUGUAUCAUAUGCUACUUUAUCUCAUGAUUAUCAUACUUUUGUUACUGAUCUUGACAAAAUCAGAAUACCUAACAAUGUGUAUGAGGCACUUGAACAUCCGGAGUGGAAGAAGGCGAUGAUAGAAGAAAUAAUGGCCUUAGAGAAAAAUGGAACAUGGGAAGUAGUUGACUUACCCAAAGGAAAGAAAACAGUAGGGUGCAAAUGGGUCUUUACCCCUAAAUAUAAUGCUAAUGGCACACUCAACAAGUUUAAGGCACGAUUAGUUGCUAAGGGCUUCACUCAAACAUAUGGAAUAGAUUUUAAUGAGUCGUUUGCUCUAGUAGCCAAGCUGAAUAUAAUAAGGUUUCUACUAUCAAUUGCAACCAACUUAGAUUGGCCUCUACAGUAA